AUGGGAAUAUCUAUUGAGCAAGUCACUUAAAUUUAAGAGGAGAUCUACAAAAUAAUGAGUUUAUACGAUAAUAAUAAUGAUCUUAUCCAAUUUUAACUUUACUAUAUGAAUUUGCUCUUAGAAAAUUACAAUGACUUGCCAAAGACAUUGAGUAUAUGCUAAAAAACUGAUACAUUUAUUAGAGAAAUGCUGAAUGAUGAUUAAAAUAGCGGGCAAGAUUUCUAAACAGAAAAUAAGUGUGAGCCUUACUGGAUUUUAGAAUUUUUAUUAUUCAAGACAUCACUUUCCAUCAAAUGUAAAAAGUUUAACUAUGCCCAAGAUAUCUUGAACUAAAUUGAAAAAGUAACAAAAGAAUAACUAAGGACACAUCAAAUCUAGAUAGAGCAUUAUCAGCAAAUCAAGAUUAGUCUCCUAAAAAUUGAAAUUUAAACUAAUUUAACUGAAGAUAUAAGAGAUAUCAAAGAGUAUGCUUAUGAGCUUAUGUAAUUAUAACAUAAGAUAUUGAUGGAUGAUAGCUAAGAAGGAAAGCUAUUAUAGUAUUUGAAUUAAAGAGUAAACGAAAGAGUUGAGCAAAAGGAUAAAUUGCUAGAGGAGCAUGCAAAUUUGCAGUUGGUUAAGUAAGUUGCUGUAUUAGCAGGAGCUUCUUAUGCAGCCUAUAGAAUUUACAAAUGGAUAAUGAGCCGCAAUUGA